CUUGUUGAGACAGGUAUUUGCUGGUGGGGUGUCUUGUUAUAGUAAUUCACUUCCUUGUAGUAUUGUGGUCAUACUGUGGACACAAUGGAGAAGUGCCUUGGGACUGCUGUCUUGUUUCUGAUCUUUCUUGGACACUGUUCUUGCAGCUGUCCUGAUGGUACAUACGGCUACAACUGUGGUUACACGUGUAACUGUGACCAGGACAAGUGUAACCCUACUUCCGGUUGCAGUCCGCCAGUCUGUUUCCCAGGGUGGUCUGGAUCGACAUGUCAGAAACAUAACGUUGCAAGGGGAAAACCUACAUCAUCCAGUGGAGAUCUCAAUUUCCCAUCAUCCCAAGCUACAGACGGAAACACUGCUGCACACAAGUACGAUGUCUGUAUUGAUACCAAGGUCAGCAAACCCAACUGGUGGCGAGUAGAUCUCAAUGACACAGUGUUGAUACGUGAAGUCACCAUCUACUUCAGAACUGACUAUACACCCAGAAGAAACGGCAUCCAGGUGUACCUCACCAACACCACUAACACCGCCCCACCCAGCGGUCUCCUCUGCUACAGUGUGACAGGAAACAUAUAUGGCACUGACAUCAACGACACCAUAUCUGUCCCCUGUCACGGCAGAGGGCGCUACGUUCUCCUGUACACAACUACAGCUAAUGAUGGGGAUACACAACCUAAAAUGGACUUUUGUGAGGUGGAGGUGAAUGCUUGUGAUCCGGGUACCUUUGGUGAUGACUGUGAGAACUACUGCCACUGUAAAGACGGCGUCUGUAACGACAUCACGGGGGUUUGUCCUCCAGGUGGAUGUCUGGCAGGCUGGAAGGGAACCAACUGCGAUGUCGAAUGUGACGACAAUGUCCAGUACGGUCCUGACUGUAGAGGGGCGUGUUCUACCCGGAUGUGCCAGGGAGAUGGAAGCACCUGUCCCCGGGAUACAGGACAGUGUACAGAUGGAUGUCAGGCAGGAUGGAAAGGGGAAGACUGCACUACAGGAUGUGUCCAUGGUGUGGAAUACGGACUGGGGUGUGUUAAAACCUGCAGUACCCGGAUGUGCCAGGGAGAUACUAGCACCUGUCCCCGGGAUACAGGACGGCGUACAGCUGGAUGUCAGGCAGGGUGGAGAGGGGAGAUCUGCAGGCAAGAAUGUGUCGAUGGUGUGGAAUAUGGAGUUGGGUGUGUUAAAAACUGCAGUUCCCGGAUGUGCCAGGGAGAUACUAGCACCUGUCCCCGGGAUACAGGCCGAUGUGAUGGAGGAUGUCAGCCAGGGUGGGAGGGAGAGGACUGUACAUCAGAAUGUCCGUCACGGACGUUUGGUGUUAACUGUUCCUCCACGUGUGGACAUUGUGCGGACGAUGAACCUUGUCACCAUGUCACUGGAACCUGUCUCAAGGGCUGCAGUCCAGGCUGGGUCAGCGACACCUGUCAACAAGAAUGUCAGUCACGGACGUUUGGUGUUAACUGUUCCUCCACGUGUGGACAUUGUGUGGACGAUGAACCAUGUCACCAUGCCAAUGGACCCUGUCUCAAGGGCUGCAGUCCAGGCUGGGUCAACGACACCUGUCAACAAGCCAAUAGUCAGUCUGCAUCGCCAUCGCCCGGUAAAGGUGCUGUCGUUGGUGGUGCGGUUGGUGGAGUUGUUGCUGUAGCUGUGGUUGUUGUCACUGUUCUAGCAGUUAUCCUUUACAGGAGGAAAAGAAAUGCCAACAAGAAGAGAAGUGAUAAUUCUGUGUAUGAGGACGUGUCUGCCUUUGAACCACAAGAACAAGAGCUGCAAGAAGCAGCACCUAGCGUGAAUGCUGGCUAUGAGGAGGAGGCGGUGCGUGAUGCUGAUGGAUCUGGGAAGAACACAGCUGGUACAUACUACAACAUUGGACCAGCCAUGAUGACGGAGGUCGAGGUGGACAAGCUAGGGGACAAGAUCAGAGACAUGCAGGCAACAAAACAGGGAUUUGAGAAAGAGUACCAGAAACUGAUCUCUGGAUUCACGCACACAUAUGAAGACUCUCAGCUUGAAGGGAACACAGGCAAAAACAGAUUCCUACAAUAUUACCCGUAUGACUACAACUCAUUCUCCGACUACAUCAACGCCAGCUACAUUAAUGGCUUUUCGAGGAAGCAAGCCUAUAUUGCAGCUCAAGCACCGAACAGGAAGACUGUAGCCGACUUCUGGAGAAUGAUCUAUCAGAAGAACUUGACCAGGAUCGUCAUGCUGACCAACUUGACGGAGAUGGGCAAGGUGAAGUGUGAGCCCUACUGGUCUGACACAUCUGACCUUGAAGCGGGACCCUUUUCUAUCACUGUUACCAAGGUCAUGCACAGGGCAUGCUGGGACAUCAGAGAACUCACUGCUACAGUCAAGGAGACCGGUGAACACAGAAUUUUCUACCAUUUCCACUUCACAAAAUGGCCGGACCAUGGAACUCCAGACGAAACUCACCUGAUGGAGUUCUUGUGGCGAGUCCGAAAGACGCCCAACCAUGACACCUCUCCUGUGUUGGUACACUGUAGUGCUGGGAUAGGUCGCACUGGAACCUAUAUCGCGCUGGAUUACCUUCUCGACAGGGCUCUGAGUGACCGGAAAGUUGAUGUGUUCAGGUUCGCAUGUGACAUGAGACGUCAGAGGAGAAACAUGAUUCAGACGAAGGAGCAGUAUGCCUGUGUGUACACGACCUUGUACGAGGUUCUGACGGUGGGAGAUACGUUCCUGCCAUCCCUGGACUUUGUUAAACAGCUUGGAAGGAAGACAGUGUUCAAGAUGGGCAACUUGACAGUACCGAGACUGAUACAGAGAGUCAAAUCCGAUAUACAGCGAGAUAAGGCAGGUAAAGACAUAAAAGGUCGUGUGUGGGUGAACGGACGCUCGGAUAUCCUAGCUGUGAUGAUGCCUUCCCACCUGUCCGUGAAUGGCUACCUGUUAACUGAGGCCCCCUCCGUCACCACGGCGUCUCUGUUCUGGAAACUCACAGAGGAACAGGAAUCUGCCACUGUCAUUGUCCUGCCAGACUCGCACCAGAGAGUGUCCUGCUUCCUACCAGCGCCAGGGGAGAGACUGGAUCUGGGUCCCGUGAGUGUCACAUGCUCAACAGAGAACACCAUCAACCCCGACAUCGUCUUCAGGAACGUCCAAAGGCAGAUGGAGGGUGAUGCCUCGCCCAAGACUGUCCGUGUGUACAUGGUGAUAAUGCUUCCAACUGAUGACCACUCAGUCCUCCUUGACCUUCUGGAACAGGUCGACCUUGGCACAAGAGGCAAUACCCCAAAUCCUGUAACAGUUGUUUUCGGGGAAAACGAAAAACGCGUGGCUACAUUGUUCUGCAUCCUCAGCAACAUCGUGCUCGGCAUUAGGUACGACAACGUGGUGGAGAUCUACAACAACAUCCGACGUCUCGGGCACCUGCAUGCCAACGAUCUCACCCAGGAGGAGAUAUCGGUCUGCUACAACGUGGCCUCGACCUAUCUGGAGACGCAGAGUGUGUACUCCAACAUGUGAAGCACAUCGUGAAACACCUGUCACGUACAGUGUGACGUGGACCAGACAACAAGCACAUCGUGAAACACCUGUCACGUACAGUGUGACGUGGACCAGACAACAAGCACACCGUGAAACACCUGUCGCGUACAGUGUGACGUGGACCAGACAACAAGGACACUGUCAGGCUUCUGUUGUUUCGGCAAUAAUGUUUCCGUUAAUAAUUAUUGAUGCUGUGUCAGGAAUCCAUAAACAUAUUUAGCCUUGAUGCAGCACUAGACAACUCAUUAUCCGCAACAUUAACUGACAGAUUACAUAGACAAGCCCAAUAUCACUCAUUUGAUAUUGUUUGUAGUCCCUAAACGAAUACUGUAAUGACAGUUUUGUCUUUCUCCUUCGAUAUUGAGGACUGAUAUUUGAUGUGUUCACAAAACAGACGCGGAAAACAUUCAUGAUGCUAUUUUAGGAAUAUUAUUUAUUAGUUGUUAUUGAGACUUAUUUGUAUACUACAACAUGCAUUUUGCAACCAUAAUAGCUGAAAUAUGCUAUAUUUACUGUUUGUUUAUUGCUUCACAUUGUUUGCAUACUGCUGAAACAAAUACAUACUCAUGACAUAGAAUUGUAACAUCCAAUUUACUUUUAGCAGAGAUUAUUAACGCAUGUAGAACGGGUUGCGUUGCUUCUAUUCAGAUGGAUGAAAUAAACUUCGUAUUAAGACUGUCGCCUGCCAAUGUAAGAAUGGAGACAAGUGGUAAUAAUCAGUAACGCGUUAUCCUUACAAAUGUUUAAUAUGGAUGGUUGAGAUGUUACGUCAUUGUGUAUGUUUUUGAGCAGGUAUACACAUUGCCAUGUCUGCCAUUACAGGAAUAUACACGCUUGUUAUUAUAAUAAGAUAUUCAGACGCCUGAAUUAUGGGGUGAUAUUCAUGACUACUCUCUCACAAGCUUGUAAACAUUUAGUACUUCAUUUGUUUACCUGUGGUUGUUACGUAACUUGUAACUUAUUUCAAUAUUUAUUCAGGUACACACUAUAUCCGUAUACUAUUUUAGAGACGUCCUGUGACUCUGAAAAAUAAUUUUUGGCUAUUAUUUAUUGGAAAUGAAACGAUUGAUUUGUUUGUCAUCUCUCAAAGGUGAGUAUGUGAACUACAUUUCGUUAAACACCACAUUCAGUUCAGGCUGAUGUGUCGCUUCGGUUCUUGCAUCACGACUGAAGGAGUCGGUCGCACUGUUGUCAUCUUACACCAUGGACAUACAAGUCAGUCGAGGGGGGAGUGUCUGCCAACAUGUCUUGUGAACCACCUGGAAAAUGCAGGUCUAUUGCAGGUGAACAAUAACUACAACCCCAGAUAAAAGAUUUUACUGACCUCCUUAUUUGAUUUAUUCCCGAAUUAAAUAACUUAAACAAUU